GGCACUUGUCACACUCAAAAAACAUGUCUUCGAGAACUUUAGUGUUACUCACGGAAAUAUUAGCGGAAGUAAAUAUUGUAUGAAAGCUCUCAUCGAAUCUAUUGAUGCUGAAUUGCUGUUUAGUUUUGUUAGUACUCUAUAAAGAAUGAUUUGUUGAAUUUUUGAAGCAAAAAAGCAGACGCGUGUUGUUACAGAAGUCCAGAUAUACUAUGAGUUAAUAUUACUGCGCGAAUUGUAUUCGUAUACUGAUAAAAACGCGAUUCUAUCUAAUAAGUAAAUAAUGAGUGUACAAAACAGAUACCCUUAUGAGGGUUUAUUGCAUAAGUAUACAAAUGCUAUGAAAGGUUGGCAGUAUCGCUGGUUCAUUCUUAGUCCAGAAACAGGAGAAUUACACUAUUUUCUGAGUGAGUCAGAAAAAAAUCAAAAACCUAGAAGCUCAAUUUACUUGGCUGGUGCUGUCAUUGCUCCUAGUGAUGAAGACUCUAAUACUUUUACAGUGAACUCUGCUACAGGAGAUAUGAUCAAACUGCGGGCAACAGAUGCAAGAGCUCGUCAAGAAUGGGUAGACAAGCUUCGAGCUGUUACUGAAAUAUAUACUCGUGCUAUUGCAAGUAGUCAUCCACCUUUACCCCCUCGAGAACAUUCGGGUGGCAGUUUGAGAGGAAACCCAAGUGUUAAACUUGAAGUACUUGAUGCAUUUGCUACAUGUCGUGAACAACUUAAUAGAGUGGAGAAACAAAGUCUUUCAUUAGCACAAGCAAUUGAAACAUCCGGUUCAAAUUUAAAUUUAGAUCCAGAACUAUUAUUGCUGAAAGCUACUGCUCAUGCAACAGUGUAUACUUUAAAUCAGUGUCUUAACAUCUUGUAUCAGUAGCGUGCACUCGAGGCUCUCAGACACAACAGGGGUGUUGUCAGGGCCAAGGUCAACGGGGGCCUCUGGUGUAGGUACAAUCAUGGUACAGACAAUAAGCGGUGAUGAACGCUGAACUUGAUUUAAUUUAAGGUUGACAUUUUUAUAAAGAAACUCUUGUAGAGUACAGACUAUUGAACUUGUUUUUCAAAAUAGAUAGAUACAACAAGUGGAAAGGUUUUAAUUCUUAAUAAAGUGUAAAGUUAAUAAUUGAAAGAAUUAUCCCUCUUGAUAAGAUUUCUAAAGAAACAUUUAUUAAUAUUCUAUUUCUACAUAAAUUUCAUAGUAUGAUCAACAGCUAUAACUUAUGGUUAUAAAAAUAUUUCAUUUGAUCUAUAAUAAUAUUGAAUAAACAUUUUACUUCUGAUGAAUUUUAUGAUCAAUGAAAAAAAAUUGUUUUCAAUUUACAGUUCUUACCUAAUACUAAAAAUAUAUAUUACUGUUAUGCAAUAUAAAACUAAAUAGAUGCAGAGAUUAAUUCUCUAUUUACAAUAAAUCUGUUAAGAAUCAUAAAAUUUAGCUGUAUAAUUCAUAUCAUAUUUAUGUAUCUACCAUAGAGUUGUGCAAAAUUUUACACUUUCAAGUAAAGUUACAUUACAUUAAAAAAGUAAUAUUUAAUGAAAUUUACAUAUUAUUAGUUGCUAAUACCAAAUCUUCAAAAAGUGUUGAAAAUAAUCCAACUCUUGCCCAUUAAUAGCCAUAAUAAUUAUUUGUGUAACUCGUAACAAAUUGUACAAAAAUGUCUUCAUGAAUAAUUGCCAAGAUCUAAGAAUGAGAUAUGCUGCUAUCCUUUUCUCCAUUACUUGUUUAUGCUUUAUAUAUAUCACUAAGUUCAUUGUAUUGAGUACAAGUGGCUGAGUACAAAAAUAAAAUAUGAAAUAAUUUAUCAAAUUGA